AGUGACGCACCUCAGUUGGUAAUUGCCAACUAAACCUACCUCACUAACCCCAACGAAAAAAAAAAAUACUCUAUGCAGACCAAAUCCGCUAAGACACACACAAGACUACAGUUUGGUGCCCAAACGAAGACUGCGAUCAGUUGGCUUGUAACACUCAGCGUUAAGAGAGCAUUGCGGACGGAACUAAAGAAAACAAAGGCGAAAAACUUCGUUACGCACAAACAAUUGGAAUAGCCUGGAGCAACAGCGGCCAUUCGGACAACAUUAAUCGGACAUUGGAAUUGUUUUGAUUCAUAUCCAUUGAUCGCUUGCUACGCCCAUCAAUCAACCAGUCAAUCACUCCACACUAAUCUACAGAGCGGCGUCAUAACAGUGGAAUACAUCAGCAUGCUGCAACGGCUUACGGUCACCAUCACACUGCUGAUUUGCUUAGCGGUUUUCGUUGUUAAUGCCAAGGUCAUUGCAAAGCCCAGUGAUGGUUUGCCGCUAACCACCGCUCACAGCAGUGGCGCCAACACACCGAGACAACUUAUUCUGGGAUCUGGCAAGGAAACCACAGCGCCUGACUUCAUACGAUUGGUGGUGAUGCGUCUGAUCUAUGGCCUGGCAACGACAAUGGGCGUGGAAGAACGUCUGGAGGGGUUAUUCAAUGGCGCCUUUGUGCCACCAAAUGCUGAUGGAGAUUUCUUCGGUUUUGGAGGUUUGGGUGGAGGUGGUGGCGAAGACGGUGGUCUGGGAGGUCUAUUGAACCUGGUCGAUUUGGAAGGUAUCGUGGAAGGCGACAACUUAUUCGAUGACGGUGGCUUGUAACGCACCUCAUCGCCCUGGAUUGCGACGACGAUGUCGAAAUGUAGAUCUAAUUUAUUAUUAAUUUAUCCGUAAUGUUAAGUAACUUAUUUAUUUAUCUCUUUAAUAUUAUUUAUUUAUAACUUUAGUUGUGAUGUAAUAAAGUGAAUUCCGUUUAUUUAGAGAAAGAGAAAAACAA